UUGAAACUGCCACAUCACUGAAACUCUUUUCCAGUCUGAAAACAUUGAAAGUCAUCAUUUCAAUUCUUCUUUUUAUUUUUUUUUCAUAUAAACUUGCAGAGCGUUUUGAACGGGGUGGAUUGAAGAAAAGAUGAAAUCAACUCAGAUUAGACAAUUUCUCUAUCAGGCCGUUAGCCUUGGAAUGAUCAUAGCAUCGGCUCUGAUGGUAUGGAAAGGACUGAUUUGCAUUACUGGAAGCGAGUCGCCGGUGGUGGUCGUGCUUACUGGGAGCAUGGAACCUGGCUUCAAACGAGGAGAUAUAUUGUUUCUGUAUAUGAGUAAGGAUCCAAUUCGUGCGGGAGAAAUCGUCGUCUUUAAUGAUGGACGUAAAGUUCCCAUUGUGCAUCGGGUGAUUGAGGUUCAUGAGCGGCGAGAUACCAGAGAAGCUGAUAUACUCACAAAAGGGGAUGCUAACGACAUGGAUGACAGAGUUUUGUAUACAUCGAGCCAACAUUGGUUGCAACAGAAAUACAUCAAGGGGAGAGCUGUUGGGUUCUUGCCUUACGUUGGCUAUGUGACAAUUAUCAUGACAGAAAAGCCUGUGAUCAAGUACAUACUUUUAAGCGCAUUGGGAUUGCUGGUCAUAACCUCAAAGGAAUAAUGACAAGCUUACAAGAUUUGAGACUUGGUUUAAGAAGUCACCAGAUUUCCUUCUCACGUCUCAGAACUCCGAACAGUGGGGAAAGCAAAAUCCAGACAUGCACAAUAUAAAGUUCUUCAAUUCUUUUUUUUUUUUAAAGAAAGGAAAAGAAGAUUUCAAGCACUAAGUGCAUGAUUGUCUACCAAUUUAUUAUCAAGAUAUCUUUUUGGUGCAAUAAUAAUAUGAUAAUUAUUUAUGAAA